CGCGCUGCGAGGCCGAGGCCGAGGAGAGGUAAAACAGUAAUAAAUUGGCACCGAACCGCGGGGUAAAGACGGAAGAGUGGGAAAGCCGGUGGCCGGCCGGUAAGAAAAGUUCACGGCUCGCAACGCAAAAGCGAAGCCCAGAGAGAGAAAAAAAAAGUGAAAGAGAGACAUGGAAGUUGUCAGGGAAGGCAAGUAGCAGCAGCAGCAACCAGCAGCAGGAGUGGUACAGAUCAACCAAGCCCAGAGCCGCGUCGAGAUCAGCGAGCGAGUUAGUGAGCUGUGAGCCGCCAGAUCGGGCCAUGAGGAUCCGCAAGCGCACGCCGGUCAGGGCCGCCUCGCCGUCGCCGGGACCGUCGCCGCCGCCGCCGCCUCCGCCGGCGCAGCUGAAGGGGGGGAGACCACCGGUGGUCCAUGCCGACGAGGAGGAGGAGGAGAAGAAGAAGAAGAAGAAGAAGAAGAAGAAGAAGAAGCAGGGGAGCAUGGUCGUCGGCGGGGACAGGGAGGAGGAGGAGGAGGAAGAAGACGACGACGACGACCUGGUCCUAGUCGCCUCCACGACCAGCGAGAGGGACGUCACCGGCGCCGCCGCCGCCGGCAGGUGCAGCCGGAACGACGGCAAGCGGUGGCGCUGCAAGAGCGCGGCCGUGCCGGGGUACGUGUUCUGCGACCGGCACAUCGCGUGGUCCACACGCAAGCGCAAGCCCAGGAAGAGGAGCCACUCCAGCAUCGUGGACCCGCCGCAGCCAAAGGAAGAUCCCGCCGCCGCGGCAAAGGCAGAGGACGACGACGGCGUGGAGGAAGAGGAGGAGUCCAAGAACCACGGCGCUAACCUCCGGUGCAACGACGACGACGACGACGAGGAGUUCCACUACUACGGCGGGUUACAGCACGGCGGCAGGAAGCGGGCGAAGAGCGGCGGCGGCGGCGGGCCGGCGUGAAAGCUCUGCUUCCCCGCCGGCGGCUACGUCAUUGAUUCUUCGCACCAGCGUUUGCAUUGCGUUGCGUCGAUCGAUCGAUCACACACUACGGUUUCAGAGUAGCAGAGCUCACUGUAGCUAACCCCAGACAAAUUCAGAGGCAAAAAAUGCCAUGAAACAUUUUGGUUGAAAAAUCUUGGACCAGAUGCACAAGUAGGAAAGAUGGAUUGAACCGAGGUAAAAUGGCAAAUAAUUUUGGCCAUAUGCCCUGUUCCUUCCCGGGGUUCUUGCUUCCUGGCUGUGCUGCCUUUUUCUUUCCCCUUUUUUUUGGGCCAUUUUUCUUGCACGACAGAACAACUUUUCUUCUCAAAACCCCAGAUGUGUGUUGGUGUGUGUA